AUGACGAUAGAUGAGUCAUUCAUCCUAGUUGCUCUUCAAAACGGGCAUUACACCGGUUUCUCGCCAUCCUACCGAAUAGCAGAAAGUCAAUGGUAUGGUCCCCCUUUGUCAUCGUCACAUAACAACAAAAUAGUGUAUACUUCGAAACUGUUCUGGGAUUUUGCCCUUUCUAUUGUCACACGAGCACAGCCAAUGCGUGCCUGUCGUAUUCAUCGUAAGCGGUUCUUACGACAGGAAAUCAGCAAGUAUAGAAAUCCAGGAGCAGCGAAAACGAGACGGACAUGUCCUGAACGGCUGACUGACAAUGACACUACUGAUCGUGCAACGACGAAAUUUCUGGAUGAGUCAGGCCAUUAUGAGAAGAGCAUCCGUACGGAGGAGAACCCAGACGCCGACAAUUAA